CGGGUGUAUCACAUAAUCCUCACCUAAGUAAGCCCUCCUAAGUAAACCCUUCGCGGACCCCCAUUGCUUUAACAAGUGGUUCUUCACUCAAUUGGGUAUAGUAAAUGAAACAGAAAUUGCAAAGCCUCUCCUAAGUAAGCCCUUGGUCAGAUCCAUCUAAGAAUGGCCGUCUCCACAGAUAGAGCUGUUGUGGAACUUCUUGAUAGCCGUAACUAUGUGGAUUGGAGUGUAUUGGUUAAAACUUACUUGUUGGCUCAAGACCUUUGGGAUGUAGUGGAAGAAGACGAAGAAGAAGAAGCUGAUGAUAAGUUCAAAGUUUCGAAGAAGAAGAAUGCCACGGCUUUACAUAAAAUCCAAAUUUCUUGCGGGCGGGAAGCUUUUUCCCUCAUUAGAAACACCACUUCAGCCAAACGCGCUUGGGAUACUUUGGCAGAAAAGUUCAAGCCAAAACCAGCUGUUGUGGAACUUCUUGAUAGCAGUAACUAUGUGGAUUGGAGUGUAUGGGUUAAAACAAACUUGUUGGCUCAAGACCUUUGGGAUGUAGUGGAAGAAGACGAAGAAGAAGAAGAAGAAGAAGCUGAUGAUAAGUUCAAAGCUUGGAGGGAGAAGAAUGCCACGGCUUUACAUAAAAUCCAAAUUUCUUGCGGGCGGGAAGCUUCUUCCCUCAUUAGAAACACCAGUUCAGCCAAACGCGCUUGGGAUACUUUGGCAGAAAAUGUAACUAAUGAGACACCCAAACGCGCUUGGGAUACUUUGGCAGAAAAGUUCAAGCCAAAACCAGAUGCUGCAAUUGCUGAUCCGUAUCAACCUUUCUUCACUGCUGUUAAGCUCGGUGAUUGGCGUAAAGCGAAGGAAUUUCUUACCCGAGAUCCCAAUGCAAUAAGAGCAACAUAUUCAACAGGAGGGACAGCUCUUCACAUUGCAACCAAGUUCGGACAUGAGCAUAUUGUGGAAGAGUUGGUUCAGUUGAUGACACCGGAAGACUUGGAAAUUGUGGAAGAUGGUAAUUGGACAGCUCUUCAUCUUGCUGCAAGAUUAAAUCUCAAAAUGGUUGAAUGCAUAGUUACAAAGAACAAGAAACUACUUGGCUUUGUUGAAGAGUCCGAGGGGCUGACACCAAUUCUCCUCGCUGCUAAGAAUGACCUAUGGGAUAUCGUUCGUUAUCUCUACUCCCUCACUCCGAUCCAAGACUUAAUGCCAGAUAAUGGCCCUUAUGGCGCUGGACUUGUUUGCAAUUGUUUCCAUGCCAAACAAUUUGGUAUACACAUACAACAUCCUCUUGCCAUCCCUGAUUUUCAUGUAAAUGUUGAAAAUCUAGAAGAGAAACUGGGCAACCAAAAUAUCAGUUUCUCAGUCUUCGGUUUCACGCAAGGGCCUUCUUCAAGCCUCCGCAAGCUUUUAGGGAUGCUAUCUCCAACAGAAAAACUUGAUCGUAUUUCCGGUGCAGCCUUGCAAAUGCAGAGAGAAAGACAAUGGUUCAAGGAGGUGGAAAGUGUUGUAGUUACGCCCUCGGGAGUGGGAGUUUUCAAUAAACAGGGUAUGACACCCCAUGAACUAUUUACCCAGAACCAUAAUAAAUUGAAGGAAGAAGGAGAAAAGUGGAUGAAAGAUACAGCAACUUCUUGUACAGUUGUAGGUGCUCUCACUAUUACUAUCAUGUUUGCUGCAGCCUUCACGGUUCCUGGUGGAAACAAUGGAGGAACAGGCUUUCCCUUGUUCUUAGAUGAAAAUAUGUUUAUGGUUUUUAUAGUUUCAGAUGCUAUAUCACUCUUUUCUUCCACAACUUCAGUGUUGAUGUUUUUGGGAAUCCUUACCUCACGAUAUGCAGAAGACGAUUUCCUCAAAUCCUUACCCACAAAGAUGAUAAUCGGCCUUUCAACACUCUUGAUCUCCAUCGCUUCCAUGAUGGUUGCCUUUUGUUCUGCUCUUUUCCUUAUGCUUCAUGAAAGACUAUGGAUUGUCAUUCCAAUCAUUUUCCUCGCCGGCGUUCCAGUCACCUUAUUUAUUUGGAUGCAAUUUCCCCUUCUUGUUGAGAUUUUCAUUUCUACAUAUGGAGGAGGGAUAUUUGACAAGAAAGUGAGACAUUGGAUAUAAAUUCUUGAUUGUAUAUGAAAACUUGUAUAACUUUGUAUGUAUUGUUCUUUAAUUUGGAAGAUAUUGUUGAAUAGGACAACCUUUACAUCUCUCCCCUCCCUUUCACCCGUCCC